GCGGGAAGCGGCGGGAAGCAGCGCGCAGGCGCGGAGGGCCAGAGCCGCCGGGGCGCUGCGUUUCCCGCCGCGCCCGCGCUGAUUGGUUGGCUGGCGGCGAGCGGCGGCGGCCGGCGGAAGUUGAUUGUUCUGUGUUCCCAAAGAUGAAGAGAAAAGUGGCCAAAGUUGGGAAAUUGAGGCUUAGUCCUAAUGAAGAAACCAUGCUUCUGAAAGAAGAAUAUGAAAGAAGAAGAAAACUGAGGCUACAGCAAGUUAGAGAGCAGCAGAAGUACAUUGCCUUACAGAUAAGACAGAAAGUAAAGCAAAAGAGGGAAGAACAGCUGCAUCAGUUGGAGGAGACAUUAAGAGCUGAAUGGCAGAAAGAACAAGAUGAGAAGAUAAAGGCCUUAGAAAAACUGUUUUUAUCAAGCUUAAGAGCUGUUGGUGAGGGUCAUCGACAAGCCAAGGAGAACGAACCUGAUUUAGAAGCUCUGGCAAAGCAAGCAGAAGAAAGGAAGCAAAGAGCAGAGAAGAGACAUAGGAAAGCCUUGAGAGAGCAGAAGUUCCAAAAAGAGAAGUUACUUCAUGAGCAAACCCGACGAAUAAAUGCACGCAAGCAUGCUCUGGAUGUGGAAAGAGAAAGAGCAGCAAAAGUUGCAAGCCUACCACCUCCUCCUCCCCAUCCUCUUGAGAAUUUUGAAGCAAAAAAGAUCCCUGCAGUGAAGGCCUAUGGUGCUGGCAACUUCUCCAUCACGCGUUACCAUAUUUCAGAACCUUAUGUGGAUAGAGAAAUGGAUGGAGAACAGCCAGAUGCUCGGUUAGCUGCUGAAGAGGAAGUGAAGCGCUUGGAGGAGCUGCACAGAGAGGCAGAGAGGGAGAAAAGAGAGCAGGUUGCAAAGGCCCAUCUCAGAGGAAGUCAUGCCUUGAAGAAGGUCCAUUUGGCUCAGGACAGGGAAAGGCUACUGAAAGAACUUGAACAAAUGCAGAAUGUGGAUCGGAUGCGCAGGAGGCAGAGGGUGGCGCAGAUGCCACCACAGCUUUUUGUACCCGCAUACAAACGGAUGGAAAUAAAAGACGACUGGCAGAGAGAACUGGAGUUUGCCUUUGAAGAUAUGUACAGUGAGGACAGGCAAAUGAAAGGAGACCUGAUUUUGCAGUUUGAGCCACAACCUUUGCCAACCCCUUCUGAUAGAUCUCAAGAUAAUGAUCUCGAUCUCUCUUUGGAGCAAGAAUCUGCUUGUGACAAUCAACAAGAAUCAGAACAGAUGACAGAAGGGGAGGUCCCUGAUGAAUCAGAAAAACACGAAGAGGCAAAAACUCACCAAUCUCAAUCAAAACUUGCCUUAAAGAAGUUGCUGAACAAGAUUAGAAGCCAAAAAGAGGAAUGGACAUCAAAAAAUGAGAAAGAGAUUCCAAGUGAAGCUGAGACUAUUGAAUCGGGCACAAUUCCUAGUGAGGAGAGACAGCUCUGUGAUGUAGAACUUGACUGUGAGCAACACAAAAAUUCAGUAUGUGAAGCCGAAGACUCUGUGGAAACAUUGGAACAUACAGCUGCAGCUGAAAGUUCAAUUCUGAUCCAUCCUCAAGAACAAGCAGCUAAAAUUCGAAUGGAAAAUGAGAGAAAGAAGUUGAUUGAGCAAAUAGAGCAACAGAAACAGGAACAGCUGGCCUUGCUAAAGCAAAUCGAAGAAAAGAAAGCACGUUUGGAGGCUGAUCUUCUGAAGAUCCAAAUGCAAACCUGUUUGGAGGAGGCUAAGAACAAAGAGGAGGAGGAAGAGAAAGGUCAGCCAGUACAAAGCUGCAGCAUUCCUUCUCCAGAUCAACCAAAGGAAGUGGAACAGGAGUCUGGAAGUACUGCUGUGUCAGAAACUAGAAGCCCUAGAGAAGACAGCCACUUACAGAUGAUCCGUAAUUAUCAACAGCGUCUUCUACAGCAAAAUAGGCUGCACGAACAGACAAUUGAAGAAGCCAGAAAGCGUCUACAGGAGUAUCAGAACAAACUGAAGGAAAGAUACUCGGCUGCUUCUGUAACACCUUCAAGCUCUGUGGAAACAAAAUCGGUGCUAAAGCCUGUCUUAGAGCCAGUUCUACAGAGGCAAAGAGUACAACGGACACAGCACCAGUCUCCUGAACAAGUUCGUGCAGAAGACCAUGCACGGUCAUCACCUGUUUUUUCCAGCUUAUCUAAUGUUCCUGAAAGCACGUCAUCACAAAACCACGAGGAGCAAACGCAUCAUGUUUGUCCUGGUAGACAUGCACAGCCUCUAGAAACGUCAAAAUCGCGGUAUGGAGAGUUUCACUUGCCGUGGAGCUGUCCUUCACAGGAACCAGUGAGCCUGUUGGAAACCUCCCCUGAUCAGGCCAGAGAGCCAUCUCCAUUCCGGUUACCGUCAGCCUCAGUCACACAAGGUGUUACUGCAGUCAGAACACGAACAGAAGCACGCGUACAGCACGUUAGGUUUGCUUUGCCUGCAGAAGAUUCCUCCAAGCCUUCAGAAGCAGAGCACUUUCAGGAAUCAUCUCAGGUGAUGUCUGACUGCCAAACAGAAACAGAAGCUGUAGAAGAGCCUCCCCUCACAGCAGCCUUUACGCCAGCCACAGGAUCUCACGUGGUGCAGGCAGCCACAGCUGAGUUUUUGGCAGGUCAGCAGGGGUCUGUAGGGAGCACCACCAGAACAAGCCUUGAGCCCACCGCUCGUACUGAACCUGUGACUUCAUCUCAUGAAGAAGGCGUUGAGGAAUUCUUGACAUCCAAAAGUGGACAGGCAUCUUUGUUAAAUUAUUCUGGAAUACUGAAUUUAAGGGAUAGGAUGUUGGCCUCAUCAGAAAGCAUUCAGGCUCAGCAACGGUAUUUGAAAGAAUUGCAGGAGCAGCUAGAUGCACAAAGGGAAGCUCUUCUUUCUCGACAGAAAAUACAAGAGCAACUACUUCUACAGAAGCACAGUAAAUUGAAGGAACAGAUGCAGAUGCAGGAACAAGAGGCUUUGAAAGAAUUUCUGAACAAGCAGGUAAGACGUAUCAGCACAAAUGAAGAAAUGACGGAGGCACUAAUGCCUGACUGGAUUAACAGGAGUGAUAUUUUCCAAGAUUCAGAAAACUACCAGCAAGAGAACUGUGGCAUGAAUAAACUCCACAGAAAUGAAAUGAUUUCGCAGUGCAUCGAUCUAGCUGGGCAAACUGAACAGCCUGAGAAAGUCCUACAUAGAGAACAGAAAUGGAGAUCUUCCAAACCACCCGUGACAAAAGUCAAGUUAGGGCUUGACUUGGAACAGCAUGAACUUAGUGUUAUUCCAGAGGUAGACACACCGAGGAGUUGCAACAUUUCUUUUGCAGGUAAAACAGAUUCUGUUGGUGGAGAAUCUUCUACCAUGUCAACGGUCGGGGAGUUUGCCUAUGUGAAAUGUUACAGUCCUGCUCUUCGGAAGGAUGGCAGGUCACCUGGGAGCAUAACAAGCUGUGAGGAACAAAUCUCUGGUGAAAGUCCAAGGCAAAGGAAACAGUCUGGGUUAUUACAAGAGCUGUUGCUGAUGAGUGCUGAAACUUCCUGUGAUUCAGCUCAGUCCCAAGAUUCUCUCACGGCUCGAGAUUCACCAUUUCCUGCUGCUGAAGUUGGAGAGGAAACACCACGUUCUGGACCAUCCUUCAGAAGCAUUCAUGCGGAAGUGCUUUCUAAGGUAGUGUCCCCGGAUUUGUGUUCAGAGGCUUUCAUGCAAGCAAUACCCUGUGAUUUAUCUUCAACAAUUUCCACGGGAAGCUUUUUGACUAGCGAGACGUUGGAUGCCAGCCCUAUUGACACUGGAUUGUCUUCUGACAGUACAGAAGACCGAAUUUUGAAAAAAACGGGAAGCUGCCCUUGGAGCUCCUUCCUGCCUUUUACCUCACGGCUGAGGCAAGAGAAUCUGUCAAGAGCACCUGAAACCUGGUUGCCAGAAGGAGCAACGUUCCUUUAUAAGGGCAGUGAGACUCAGCAGAUCUUGGAGAAAUGUGGUGGAGAUUUGAACUCUUCAUCAGAGAACAAUGUGCAUUUCCAAGCUCUAGCAGCUGAGCUUGAUUUGCCUGAAAUGGAGAGGCAUUUUCCUAACUCCCAUCAUCAGCUCUUUCAGCCUUUGGAACCAAGUUUUGACUUGGAUAUCUCAUCAUCCAUUUCUCAAUACAAGAUUUCCCAAGACAACAGAGAAUUUAGGAAGACUUCAACAGAAAGUCAAGACACAUCUGCAUUUCUAGAUGGGAGAAACUCCAGCCUGAAUAUACAAAGAGGCAGUCUGCCUUCUGGUCUUGAAACAAACAAGCCCAACACCAUUACAUCGGAAGAAGAGUCUCUUAAAGAAAAUGGUAUUCUGGGUUCAGAUGAAUCUUUCCAGCCCCUGAGAGCGGAAUCUUCUCUGAGUGAUCUCAGCCAGAAUGCUGAUCAGCCAGAGGACCGUAACGUAAUGUUAGAGACAUCUUCUGGACAAAACCCUGGGAUUAGAGUAAGAGACAAUGAGAACGGUAUUUCAUCAGCCAGAGAGUAUGAAGAACUGACAAGAAGCAUGGAGUGUGUUAGUCUGCAGUGUUCAACGGAAGAGACACGAAACGAAAGUCUGAGCUCACUGGAGGAACAAAAAUCAUUUUAUCAGCUAAAUACCACACCUGUUCCAGUGGAUGAAACUUCCCCUCAACACCUGUUCAAUGAGAGUGUAACAUUCAGGCAAGAGGCUCUGUCUUCUGAAGAAAAACUACCUGUCAAGGUAUUUGAUAGGAAGUACGUGAAGCUUCCUGAAAAAUUUCUUCAUGUACAUGAAGCAAACAAAGCUGUGGCAGUAGACUCUCAGUGCAAUAGCCAUGUAAAGGAGCCAGAUCAAGGAUUUCCAGAAGUACAGAAAUCCUCCUGGAUUACCAGGGAAACCAGCUUGGAAGUCCCAGGCAUUCGUUUACAGGCUGUACAACAGAAUGUUUCUUUCCUGGGAAGACGUGAAAAACAUUCCAGUUCUGUGCCUGGAAGCUCAUGUCGUAUUCCAGUCUGGGAAACUGAGUCGGGGCAUGGUAUUAUGGAGGAACCUGAACUCACUCUGAUAAGCUCAAAUGACAUCAGCGUUGUGGAAUCGGAUGUUGAGCAUAUGAACCAAGAAAAAAGUGAAGAGGAUAAAAUCAGUAACCCAGCAAGUGCGGAUAAGUCUGACCUUAAUGAUUUUACUGAGGAAAGAGAAUUUUUACCACUGGUUCCAGAUGCAGAUUAUUCCAUGUUUGUAAGGCCUGACAGUUCUUCCAGAGCCCAGAGUCCCAAUGACAGACAGCAUCCAUCACAUCAGACUGCAGUGAUGCGCCUGGAGUUUCCUUCUGCAUCAGGGAGUUUGCAAGAAUCUUUUUUGAAAAGAAAAAAGAGCUUUAUUCAGAAAUCUCUGGAAAGAGUAGAAGAAAUCAAAAACAGAGAGAGGAAAAAUGAAAAGCCAGAAGCCAAACCGUUUCAAAGAAGGAAGUCUGAGAAGUUAAGCAGGCAAAAGGAGUCUUUUCUUCUCCCUGGGAAAAAAGGUGCAGUUGUCAACCAGUUGAAGAAAGUAGGAGAAGUGAAAGUAUCUUCUCCAGAAGACAGGAAGGCUGGAAAAGUAGAAAUGCAUCAGCGUACUUCAAGGCUUUAUAAUCAACUAGAAGAAGUAAAAACCAGAAAGGAGGAAAAGAAAAGGCAAGAAACUUCUGCUAAAAACAGAGAAAAGGCUAAGGAGUUUCAGAAGAAAAUGCUAGAAAAAUUACGAGCCAAGAAGACAGGGAAAACACCUUGACUGGCAGAAGCCUUUGAGUGCUCUCCAUUACUGGACAGGUACACUUCAAAAGAGCAAGUACUUGUAAGAUCUUCUUUCAAUACGGUGUCUGUGUAAUACCUCAUGUAACAGUUCAGCAGUAAUUCUGCAGACCUUAAUUACUUUUAACCUGUGGCAAACUGUUUACUAGAAUGACAAUGCUCAAAGACUUCUGUGAUGUGCAUUUUUGGUUCUAAGAACUUGUAAUACACAUUGUGUAAAAAUAAAGGUUCUUUUUUAAAAAAAAAUUCA